GCAGAUUCCGUACACCAGCCCCCUCAACAUCACGUCCCCCGGCGAGCGAACGCCCUCCGGAACCGGCUCCGUCGUUGUGAGGAACGGCGUCCCGCAACUUCAGUCUGGCAGCCUUCCUUCUUUCGGCUCGAGCUGAGCGGUCCUGCAAUCGAAUAUCUAUGAAGCUGGAAAGACGCCAAAUACCGCGAUUCCGCUUCUCCAAAGCAAUUGACGAAGCCACGAUCAUACCACGGUCUCUUCCCGAACGCUUUACGAAGAUCAACUGCUCCUUGCAAAACCCUCGAUGCGGCGUUCUUUCAAUUACUUCAUUUCCCACCACGAAGUUCAGCCCGAUUUUCAACCCGACAUGGAAUUUCGCUUCUGCGAUGCGGCCUACCUAUACUCCACACGACAGCUAUCACCCGCAAGCUAUCACCGGAACCGGGCCUAAAAGGAUCUCGACUCGGACUCGCCCCAGAAACCUAUCCACACCAGCAAUGGGAGGUGCGGCUGCGGCCGAAAUGAUUGCUGACAUCGCUCGAUUUGAAACAGGCUUUCGCACCCGAAGCUGUCGUCCAAUGCGGGGUCGCUGUCGUGAAAGAGGGCGGAUUUUCUGGUCGAUCCUUCGUGGACACUUGUUUCGUACAGCGUGAUAAUGUCUAAGGCGCGCCCACAAGUCGCUAUUUCACACGCUAUUUUUCUCUUGGCUUGGAACAUUGCGAGGUUAUGAUGGAGUUUUGCUCUUUACGAAAGGAGGAAGCAGUCUGACGCAAACGUAACUAGACAGGGCUUUGCCUGAUAGUCUAUGAUACCCCUAUGGAAUUCAAUG